AUGGGCACCUCGGGUAAGCGAUCCGGUGAAGAAGGUCGACCGAAGAUCCGCGUGAAGGGCAAAUCCGCCCCGGUUCCGGAAGUGAAGAGGGAGAAGGUUAAGAAAGAGAAGAAAGAGAAGAAAGAGAAGAAGGCUGCCGAAGAGCAGCCGGAGGCCGUGGUGGAGCCGAGGUCCAAGCGCCCGAAGACGUCUACGUCUCUGGCUCUUGUGCCAGCAGCACGGAGCGAUGCCAGUCCCAGCGAGCCUUCAACCCCGGCGGAGAAAAUCCGCCAUGGGAUGUCGUCCCCUUCGGCAUCCCAACGUGCUCACGUGGAGGCGCUCAUGGAGGUGAAGAAGGCGGCGGCUGCUGCGAAUAUGAGCGUGGAGGAGUACUUGACCGCCCAGUCCGGGAAGCAGCUGGAGGAUCGUUUGGAGGCAGCUGCAUCGCAGGAUGAAGACGGUGGGGAGGAUUCCUCCGAUGCCUCGGAGGCAUCAGCCGAGGAGUCCGACGAGGCGGAACAGAGCAGCGCCGCCUCUGACUCCGACUCCGAUGAUGCGGGGUCGGACGGCAGCGCGGGGGACGGCAGCGAGGCGUCGGACGAGGACGAGGCAAGCGAUGACAUCGACGGCGAGCCCAUGGACUCAGAUGAGGAGGAGAUCUUGCCAAAGCAGACGGCCAACAGCAAGCCUCCGACCACGGUGCCCAAGGUGGAGAAAGAGAUGAAGGACAAGACGGGCAAGACGGAGAAGAGGACCAAGGAUGAGAGAACGGAGAAGACGGGCAAGGCAGAGAAGGCCCCCAAGGUUGACAAGCAGAACAAGACGGACAAGGAAUCCAAAAAGAAGACGGCCGAGGCAGAGAAGGCCCCCAAUGAGACGGUCGAGGCAGAGAAGGCCCCCAAGGUUGAGAAGCUCCAGCCGAAGGUUGCCAAAGAGAUCGGCAAGGCCAUGGUCCUAGCCGAGCAGACGACGCAGCAGGGAGUUGUUGCGUUGUGUGAUGCCAACAGCAAGACGCACAAAAACGAGUGGAACCAGUUCAGCAGACAAUGCUUGGACAAGAAAAAGUGUACAACAUCAAUGGCAGCACAUGUGGAACGAAACAAGCUCGAUAUGUUUCGUAGAUGGCUUGAAUGCGGGGGCGAUUGGGAGAAGGUCAGCCUGGAAAUGGAGAGAAGGGCCGAGAACAGUACACUUGCUAGAAAAGAACGCCAGGGAAUGAAAAAGCGCGACAUCCUGAAGAAGUAUCCUGAGGAGCUACUCCUGAUUGCAAAGCUGCUCGCAAAAAAGAUGUUCGAAGAGGAUGAAGACUUUCCUGGAGACGAAGACGAGUACUACUUUUACGUGAAUGCUGGCUCGAAGGUGCGGAAGGAGAACCGCACGAGUGAGGCCCUGCAACUCAAGGUGCGGGACACUGCACCCAACCAAGGGCUCGUGGAUGCUCUGACGUCCGAGGGCGGGAUUUUGGGAGCUGGAGCGCUUGCGGCCCCCGAGAAUAUGAGCGAGGAGGGCUCCAAGAACCUGCUGGACAGCUUGUGCAAGGAGGGUGUUGCCAAGGCCAAGCCACCAAAGGUGAAGGAUGAGGCCGGUACCGAGAAGCGCAUGCAGGACAUUUUGAACGAGAGCACGGCCGCGCGCAAAUUCUCGAUAGCUCUCAAGCACGUGGAGUACUCGGGAGAUUUGGUGAAGGAUCUCACCAAACACAACAGCAAGCUUGAGGACAUCUACGCCAAGUUGCAAGAACUCAAAAAACGCGGUGUGAAAAAGGACAAGGAGUAUGUGAAGUUCUACGCCAUCGUGGACCACAUGCACGAAUGGUACAAGAAAGCCGAGGAGAGUGUGGGAGUGGUGUGA